UUACAGAGAAAUAUAGGGAUUGUGUGUGUUGAGGGGAGGGAGAGAGGAGCGCAGCGUUAGGCUGGUUUCCAGGAGGAGCCCUUCUCGCUUUCGUUGUGUGUUAGACAUUUUUGUACAGAUUUUUUUCAACUUAAAAACGUUUUAUUUCUCCCAGCUGCUCUUUGUAUCUCUGUGGGAGAGAAAAAAACAAACUCUGUCUGAUCAGAGAGAAACCAGAGACCAUUUUAUCUGAGCAAUCGGGGGAAGAAAGAAAAGAGAAACCGUCGCAGGGAUAUAAAUACCUAUCAUCUCUUACAUAUUUCCUGUAAAUAAAUCUCUGUAGAAAGAGCACAAUUUGACAUCUACUGUAAGCGGCAGAAAUGGGGUGUUUGGGCAACAGCAAAACAGAGGAUCAGCGUAUCGAUGAGAAAGCGCAGCGAGAAGCCAACAAAAAAAUAGAGAAGCAGUUGCAGAAGGAGAGACUGGCUUAUAAAGCCACACAUCGUUUGCUUCUGCUGGGAGCUGGUGAGUCAGGAAAGAGCACUAUUGUGAAACAAAUGAGGAUCCUACAUGUCAAUGGAUUUAAUUCAGAAGAAAAGAAACAGAAAAUACUGGAUAUUCGGAAAAAUGUUAAAGAUGCAAUUGUGACUAUAGUUUCAGCAAUGAGCACUUUAAUACCACCAGUUCCACUAGCCAAUCCAGAAAAUCAGUUUCGAAUGGACUACAUCAAGAGUAUAGCUCCACUUUCUGACUUUGACUAUACACAGGAAUUCUUUGAACAUGCAAAAAAGCUCUGGGAUGAUGAAGGAGUAAAGGCAUGCUUCGAGAGGUCAAACGAAUACCAACUGAUUGACUGUGCACAGUACUUUCUGGAAAGAAUUGACAGCGUCAGUCUGGUUGACUAUACACCCACAGACCAGGAUCUGUUAAGAUGCAGAGUUUUGACAUCCGGGAUUUUUGAAACAAGAUUUCAAGUAGAUAAAGUAAAUUUUCACAUGUUUGAUGUAGGUGGCCAGAGAGACGAAAGAAGAAAAUGGAUCCAAUGUUUUAACGAUGUCACUGCUAUAAUCUUUGUUGUGGCCUGUAGUAGCUAUAACAUGGUUAUAAGGGAAGACAAUAACACAAACAGACUACGGGAAUCCCUGGAUCUCUUCAAAAGCAUCUGGAACAAUAGGUGGUUACGGACCAUUUCUAUCAUUUUGUUCUUGAACAAACAGGACAUGCUGGCUGAAAAGGUUUUGGCAGGGAAAUCUAAAAUCGAAGAUUACUUUCCUGAAUACGUGCGUUACACUGUACCGGAUGAUGCAACACCAGAUGCAGGAGAAGAUCCCAAAGUCACAAGAGCCAAAUUCUUUAUCCGGGAUGAGUUUUUAAGGAUAAGUACAGCAAGUGGAGAUGGCAGGCAUUACUGCUACCCACAUUUCACAUGUGCAGUGGACACAGAAAACAUCCGCAGAGUGUUCAACGAUUGUCGAGACAUCAUUCAGAGAAUGCAUCUUCGCCAGUAUGAACUCUUGUGAUUGGGAUCACCAUGGAGCCUGUGGUUUUAAAUACUUAGCUCCUUACUCUCUUGCUCUCUCUCUAUAUAUAUACUAUGCCACACAGGGUGGAAGAAAAUACUACAGAAAUGUCAGUCUUUUCAGUUUGUUUACCUUAAUUAUUAGCCUUUGAGCUGGUUUGCAGCAAGUUUGGGUUUCUUUUCCGCCAUGCUUUUUGGGACUAUUUGUGUGCUUUAUUUUGAUAUGCCACUUCUUUGUCAUUCCACUAAGCCUCUGGCUACCUCUGUUGCUUUAGAGGUGUAUUUUGUUUGUUUUGGGGGAGGGAGGGGUUGUUUUUGCUAAUUGAACAUAACCUGCUAAAUUUUUUCCAGCAGGCUGAUUGUUAGUUCAAACUGGUAUGUCAGCUGGAUGACACUAAAGUCAUACCUAUCCUUGUGUGGGUCCCUUUUUUAACAUGAUAUUAAGAGUACUUGAUGGGUGAAAAAGGAAUAAUGCACUUUGUAUCAGGUUAUUAAAUACUGUUGAGGAAGUAUACACACAAUGUAGCAGCACCACAAUAUUUAUUACUCUGUCACAGUUUUUAGCAUUAUUGAGUUGCAGGUCAACUGAUAAAGUGACCUCCUCAUUUAAGCCGUUUCUGGCACAGGAAGUAGAGUAGAUAAUGAGAGGCAUGGUGAUAAGCAAUUUUUCUGGGGUUUUGGGGCUACGUGCCUCUACACACCUCAGGCAUUUGAAUUACAGCUACUUUUUCAGCCUACUGCAGCUAGGCAGAAAAUUUACCACCCUCACUUAUGUUAUUUGUGCUGUCCACAAAUGAUCCAUUUAAUUUAGAUCAUUCUUGGACAACAGUCUUCUCCCUAUAUAUAUUUUUGUUUUACUGCUGGUUUAUUAUAUUGUACAGACUGUAAAAUGUAAUAUUAUUUUGUACAACUUUAUUGAAGAAAAAUACUUGUAGAAGAUCUUUGUGCCUUGAUUAUGGCUGUACCUGUAAAAUGAGCUAAGAUGUAAGUAUGUUUUUGAUUGCGCUGUACAGCUUGAUGUCAACCUUACCUGCAGCAGUGACUGGAGGCAAGAACUUUAUCUGUAGAAAUUAGGGAUUUUUUUCUGGUUUAUAUAAAAACAAUGCUCUUUAGUAUAAAAAAAUAUAAAUUAUGCAAAUUAACCACUUACCUUUUCAAGUAAGGUAUUACAGUCACCGGAUGUUGCAGCAACAUGCCUUUCUCUUUUGAAAUCUCAGCUUUAAAACAUUGGAAUUCAUUCAAGUGUCCAAAUUGCAACCUGGUGUUGUUUUAAUGGGAAUCAAGGUUUUGGGUUUUUUUCCCUUUAACUUUAGAUAAUAUGUUUAGUAAUUCUUUGGUCAUUCAUAGUAGGUCACAAUUGCACAGGUCGAUUGUGAAUGUGUAAAGCACCAUUAUAUAGAGCUUGUCAAUCUUUGUACCAACAGCAGCUUUCAUUGUGCAAGUAAAUAGCAGGGGGGGAGGGAGGGAGGAGGAGAUAUAAACCCUUGUGUCUGGCCUAAGAGAAUUACAAGAUGACAUUUUUAUUUCUCUUUUAAUAAAGAGACAUUAGAAAUUUGUUUUAUUUUAAAUAUUGUAGAAUCAAACUGUGUGAAUAUUUCUCAAACUUGAAUAAUUUAUGCAAUGACAUUCUCAAAACAAGGUGUGGUACAGUACAUUAUAUAAAAAGCAAGAAUUGCUGUAGCAAUAAGGCAUGUCCUUUUUAGUAACUAUAACUCUGCUUUAUAUUUUAUACAUAGGUGUUUUAUGUCUGUGAGUAUAUACUUUUCCUGUGUCCAAGAUAACCUGUACAAAUGUCUAAAAUUACAGUUGCAAUAACAGAAACCUAGAGAAGUGUUAGCCUACAUUACUUCAUAGAUUGUUUAAUCACUCCUUGGACUAUCUCCAUCCUUUCUUUUAAAUUUUAGGGACAAAUUAAGUUUUAAAUUGUUUUCAGGAACACGCUAUGAAUCAGAUUUUUAUAAUACGGGCAUUUAUCAGUAACACAAACCCAGGCCUCUUUUACUUAAAUUAGAGAAAUUUAGUAGUUUUUUAAAUAGGAUAAUUUUAGAGAGCACAGUAUCUUUAUAAGAUUAUCCUUCCCAGUGAAAUUGCUACUAGAAUGUAGUCUUGAUAUUUCUACUUUUGCAAUUCAGUUAUGUAUUUCCUAGACAGUGAAAGGCAGGGGUUAGCUAAUUAUAGAUAUAAGUCCCCAAAUCUACCACUGCCAUAUAUGCACAGUCUCAUACUUCCCCUUCCAAUUUUAUUUUUAGAAACAAGCAAACUUUCUUUUGAAGUGAGAGGCUGCAUCUAAACUGGCAAGAUUUUGUGCAAAAGUGGCUGCUUUUGCUCAAAACUGCUGCCUGUCUACACUGGCUGCUUGAAUUUGCACUGCUGUUCUAAUGUAAGAAUUCAGUGCUUCUUGUGCAAAUACUUUGAUGCUCCCGCUCAGGGAUAAGCCCUCUUGUGCAAGAGGGCCAGUAUAGACAGGCACCUUAAUUUCUUGCACAAGAACGCCUGAUGGCUAAAAUGGCCAUCGGAGCUUUCUUGCGCAAAAGCGCGUCUAUACUGGGCAUGGAUGCUUUUGCGCAAAAGGUGGCUUUUGCACAAAUGUAUCCAUGCCAGUCCGGACGCUAUUUUGCGCAAAUACUUUUAACGGAAAAGCUUUUCCGUUAAAAGUAUUUGCGCUAAAUCAUGCCAGUCUAGACGCAGCCAGAAUGAAUAAUAAAGGCAAAAUAAACCAACCCUAGAGGCUAAAAAACCCAGCCUCUGCAGGAACAUUAAAAGAAAAACUGGUUCCUGCUGUGGAAUUUCCUUAUGGUUCUUCUUGUAAUAGCAUUCGUCUCUUCCUGUCCACACAAAGCAGUAGGGAUUAUGGCUUCUAGAUUUUUGCAAUCUACGCCAGCUCUGAGGAUUGCUGUGGCUCCAAUGGAGCUCUGCUGCUACAGCUUUCCCCGAAGAAGCAAUCCCCAAACUCCAUUAAAGUACACAUUACAGUUUGAAGCUGGCUCUGCAUUAAUAUUAUCAUCAAGUUUUGUUAACAUUCUUUUGAAAUUUCUACAGGGGCAUAAUGUGCACCUGGAUCCCCAAGGUGGCUCCAGCAUGAAGAAACGGGAACUUGUUACUGCAACAGUAUCUGACCUCCUUUGCUGGGGAAAACCUCUCCACACGGACCUAUACGGCCCUGUUUAAGAUUACCAUAGCACAUCUUAUGUAAAAAGAGCUUGAGAGGUUCCACCCCAAAUUUUUAGAAGGUCUUAAGUGUUUUGGCAUAGAUCCUGGAGGGGUGGAAAGACAGUUUGACAGACAGGGGAUUUAUCCCAAACAAGAGUUUUUUUGUGUGUGACAGCUUAGAAAUAAUGCUAAGGAAAUCCACUGAUGUAUAUCCCCUGCUGCCAUUGAGAAACAGAAGUAUCAUGCUAGAAGGGUAUGUAGCAAUAAAACAGAAGGAUGGUUCCAGCUUGGACGACUAUACCUCCUCCCGGGUAGGACACACUAGUGCAGGCAAGUGCUGAGGCUGUAGGAUUUACAUAAUGUACAGUUACAAACAUUUAGUAUACAUAUUUGAUACAAAAAUUAUAGCAAGGAAAUGGACUCAUUUGAUUGUAGAAUACUGUAUUUUUGUACAGCAUGAAAACAGUUCAUUUCAGUUAAUUAUUUAUCCUGUAGUAGUCAUAUCAACUGUGUAGGAUUUCUAUGGUAUGUGUAAAUGCGACCUGCCUUUGGAUUAACAAUCCACUUAGGUCAUUUGCUGGCAUGAAUAUAGUCUGAUGUUUGACUGUUCUCAGCUUUGGUAUUUCAGUAACUGAAUGCAGAUGUCUGGCUCUUCAUACUGCUUUAUGCUUCCUGAUUAAGUACUGAGCAAAAUAAAAAGGUGGGUUGAGUACAAGAUGAGC